UUAAAAAUUAUUCAAUACAACAUAGAUCAUGCCAUAUCGAUGAGUCAGCCUCCAUUAAACGUGGGACAACUAUUGUGUGUUGGGUUUCAGGGCACAUAUGUCACGCCCCAGGCUUACCAUUUAAUUGUGGAGCAUCAUGUCUCUUCGAUGAUCUUAUCAAGAAAGAAUGCCGUAUCAGUUAAACAAAUGACAAAAUUAAUUCGAGAUUUACAAUAUAUUGCAUUUAGUCAGGGGAAAUAUAAAUAUCCUAUAUUAUUUGCUAUAGAUGAAGAAGGAGGAAUGAUGAAUUCAUUAUUUGAUCCAGAAUUUUUAACUCAAUAUCCUGGUGCUAUGGCAUUAGCAGCUACAGGAGAUACAGAAUUAGUUUAUGAAAUUCUGAAAGCAAUAGCUAUUGAACUUAAAAAGAUUGGAUUUCUGAUAAUCUUAGGUCCAGUAUUAGAUGUAGUUACAAAAUUAUCUCAUCAAUUAGUUGGAGUUCGAAGUUUUGGUACCACUAUUGAAGAUGUAACUAAAUAUGGUAUGGCAUGUGCUAAAGGAUUACAAGCAGGAGGAUUAUUUACAGUUGGGAAACAUUUCCCAGGAAUUGGUAAUGCAACAGUUGAUUCAUUAUUAGAAUUACCCAUGAUUGGUGAUUCAUUAGAUCAAAUUAAACAUUUUAAUAGUUUACCAUUUGCCAAAUUAAUUGAAGCCAAAUGUGUUAAUGGAAUUAGUGCUGCUGGUUGUGGAGUCCCCACUAUAAGUCCUGAUGAAACUCAUGCAUGUCUUUCUCCUAUAAUAAUUAAUCAAUUAUUACGUCAAGAAUUAAAAUUCGAUGGAUUUGUUAUUAGUGAAUGUUUAGAAAUGGAUGCUUUAUAUCAUUCUAUUGGAUUAGGUCAAGGAGUUGUAUUGGCAAUUUCUGCUGGUUGUGAUUUAGUUAUGGUAUGUCAUGAUUUAGCAUUACAAAAUGAGGCUAUAGAAUCUUUACAAAAGGCCAUGGCUAAUGGAAAUCUUGAUGAAGAAAUUAUCCUUGCAAGUUCUAAUAGAAUUGAAAGAUUACAAAAGAAAUUACCUAAAUGGUCUGAAUUAUUUCCUCGGGGUGAAGCAUCCGCAAAGGAAGAUGAAAUUAAAUUAUUUCGGUAUGAGUUCCCCGAUGAAUGGGAAAAACAUCAAGCAUUAUCGGAACGAGCUUAUCAAAAAUCCAUUACAUUAAUUCGAGAUUUUGAUAGUACAUUACCAAUCACAAAAUUCUUAAGUGUACCUGCUUCAAAGGAUGAUCCCGUAGAUAAUAUUUUAUUAUUAACUCCUUUACUUAAUCCAGUUUAUCCAAAUUUAAAUUCUAGUAAAAAGGGUCCAAAUCCUCAACUUUAUACUGGAGAAGAAGUAUUUCAAAAAUUUGGUGAGAUGCUUUCUGAUCAUGGGAUUUCUAAAUCUAAACCUUAUAAUGUUUUACAUACAACUUAUACAGCCAAUGGAUUAACUGCAUUACAUGAAUCAUUAAUAGAAAAUUCUAAAGUGGUUAUAGUUGUAACUUCAGAAGCUUCACGUAAUAUGUAUCAAAUUGGGAUUGUUAAGUAUGUAUCAAUAUUAUGUGGAGCUAAUCCUGCAUCUUUUAAUGCUCCAUCAAGUAGUAGUAACACUACUAAUAAUAGUACUGGUAAUACCAAUACAAGAUUAAAUAAACCUUUGGUUAUAGUAGCUACCCUGUCACCUUAUGAUUUCUUUUAUAAUAAGACAAUUGGAAGUGCUUAUUUAUGUUGUUUUGAUUAUACAAAUCGAGCCUUAAAGAAAAUUACAGGAGUAUUAAUGGGAGAUUAUGAAGCUGAAGGUUGUAUACCAGGAGAAAAGAAAUUCAUUACUAAAACUAGAAAGAGAAAGAAUGAUGGUAAUAAAACCAUUGUCCUUAAAAAGCAACGGAAUGCUAUCCCAAGAAGAAGAUGGUUAGUUGAUGAAUUUGUAUUAAAUCGUGAUUGGACGGGAUUCCUUAAGCUUUGGAAAGCUAAUAUUAAUGAUCCAGAUAAUAUUCAACCGAUUGAUAAUGGUAAACUUGAUAAUCAAAAAGCCGGGUUUUAUCGAAGAUUAUAUGGAUUAUUAGUUUCUAGUUCCAAGACUCAAAAACAUUUUGUGGUUAGAAAUUCUUCAUUAAAUAUAUUAUAUGGAAUUGUAUUAACUUGGGUAGAAGAAACUCAACCAUUUUCUAAAGAAGUUAGUGAAGAACCUGAAAUGAGAGGGAAUAUAUUAUUUUUACUUGUUGAUAAGUCUAAACGACUUCAAAGUAUUGGAAAGAAUUUACAUGCUCGAGCUAUUCGAUAUUUAAUUAAAGAAAAGAAAUGUACAUCUAUUGCAUUAGGUGGAUCAUUUCCUUUAUUAACAUUUCCAGAAUCUUCUAAUUUACAAAAUUUACCAACUAAUAAUAAAGUUAUAUCUUUUAUGCAUUCAGUUGGAUGGGAUGUAAAUAGUGAUAAACUUCAUAAGAAAUAUGUUAUGGUUCUUGAUGAUUUGGAUAAAUGGCUGGUACCAAAAAAGAUCUUUCGAGAAUUAAUGAUUGUUGGAGUUCGUUUUGAUAUUUGUAGUGAUCCUGAGAAAUUAAUAAAAUUAAUUGAAAGAGCUACUAAAGUUGAGAAUUCUGAUUAUAAUAAAGAUUUAAAGAAUUUAUAUUUAGAAGCCAUUAGACAUUUAGGAAAUUCUUCACCUCAUGGUACUAAAAUUAUUAUUGCCUUAGAACCAACUAAUCAAAGUGUUAUUGGAAGUAUUAUUUUAUUUACUAAUAAAUCUCAAUUAUCGAAAUUUUAUCCAUUUAUGGAUGAAUGUGUGGCUCCUGAAGAUUUACUACAAUCGAACCAAAAAUCAUUGGAUGCAAAUUCUCGAGAAAGUAGUGAACUGAAUUCUAAUUCUAAUUCGAAUUCGAGUUUAUCAGGAGUUCCAUUAAUUGGAGGAAUAGUCGGACCAGUAAUUGAUCCCCUGUAUUCUAAUCUUACUGAGAUUUUUAAAUAUGGAUUAAUUUGUAGUGGGAUUACCUUUUUAAAAUCUAGUUUAAAUGAUAGUGAAGUUCAAGUUAAUCAAUGCGUAAUGGUAGAUGUUAAUGAUGAUAAGAGUUUUAAUGGGGUUAAAGAGAUUGGAUUCCGAGAAUGGAAAUAUUAUUAUGAUUAUUAUGAUUCUAAAGAUGACGCUGAGCGAACAUUUUUAGAAUAAGUCUAUUUGUAUAUUUGUAUAUUUGUACUGUACCUUCUUUGUAAUAUAAUGUAAU